GCGCCGUCCAUCGGUCUUGGCUCUGUGGUUGCUAAGGUUACACUACUGUUGGGUUUUUUUUGACAUUUUUCUUUAACCAUGGACUCAAAAGUCAACAUAGAAAUUGUUGGCUUAAUUACAGACACAAAUUUUCACAUUGCCAGAAGUAUUGCCGAGGGACUAAAUAUGAAGUUUCCUAAAGCAUUUCUGGACCUAAAAGUCCAGCCACUUAUGGAAUUUGACUGGCACACAUAUUUAUGCAACAAGAGAAAGGAUCUGCGUGGAGAGGCCUGGCAGUAUUCCAGCAACCUGAUGUGCUUUCUGAAUGGCUUUCUCCUUGGCGAUGAAACAGAUUUGUCCAACUGGGCCAAAACUCAAUGGAAUUUCACCUUAACUCAGCCACACACUCCACAGAGUUUCUACAAGGCUCUCGCUGAGGAGUACUACACCAAACACCUCCAAAAAACUGGGCAUCGGUUUGUGUUUAUGGACAUUGAGAUUGCCGGGGAAGAAGCAAGGAGAAUAUUGUUUGAGUUGUUCUCAGACGUGUGUCCAAAGACGUCAAAGAAUUUUGAGGCUUUGUGCACAGGGGAGUGUGGCCAGUCCCAGAGUGGCCUACAGCUCUGCUACAAGGGCUGCCUGUUUCAUCGAAUAGUGCCAAAUGGCUGGGUGCAAGCCGGAGAUAUUUCUCCAGGGAGUAAAGGGAACGGUGGGGAGUCAAUCUAUGGACCAACCUUUGAAGAUGAAUGCUUUGCCAUUUCCCACUCCAAGCGAGGCAUUCUGGGAAUGGCAAAUAAAGGUCCCCACAGUAAUGGAUCCCAAUUUUACAUCACCUUGCAGCCGACACCCUGGAUGGACAAAACCUAUGUGGGCUUCGGUCAAGUGGUCGAGGGUUUUGAUGUCUUGAAGAAAUUAGAAGAAGCUCCUACUUGCAACGAAAGACCUAAGUUUGAGUGCAGGAUUGCAGCUUGUGGGCUGUUUAAACCGUAGAUCUUGUAUUUACAGUUUACCAGUGGCAUUCUUGAACUUCUUUUAAUUUUCUUGUUAGUAAACUUGAGUUGAAAACGUGCAUUUUUUCUUUUUUUUUCCAUGACUUAAAUGAGAUGUUCAACAAGAUCUUGACAUGUUUUGUUAGGUCUGAAAGUCAUUAGUGCAUUUUAACAAUUUGUUCCCUUGUUCUAAUGUUUGUACUGAAGUAAGGUAAAAAAAAAAUCAUUUGCAACCUGCUCAUAAGUUUAUUUUAAGGAAUAUAUGAAUAUUUUAGAUGAUAUUUUAUAUUAUGAUGAAAUAUAUUGUUAAGAUAAGAAAUAAAACGUUUCAAUC